UCGUCCGCGUGGCGCGAGUUAGAACUUGACUUGGUGCUUUUAGUCUUGUUCCAUCCCUUCGUCCAUCCUCGUCCUUGUCGGGCGAGAGCAGCCCUCGAGGCGGAUUAUCGUCAGAAAGGAAGUAUGCAUUCGGUGUCUGGACCGGUCGCGGUAAGAAGAACGCGGAGCCGACGAGGAUUCCGCCCGAUCCGCCGACUGAACCGGCAAACCAUUUAUCAGCGAUGAGGAGGAACACGCGUCGUCCCCACGUGCCUUCCACAGGUUCGCAGCAGCAGCGAGGUGAAGUGAAAGUUCAUCGACGACGUCUCCAAUAAAAAAGCCUUCAGACGAAAUUCUUUGACCAGGAGAUCAUCUUUCCGGUGAACAUCCACACAUGUGAUUGCACGCGCUCGAAAAUUGACACUUAAACCAGGGAGAAAUAGUAAGAAACAAUCUUACCUCUGAAAUAUAAAAUUUUAUAAUCUGAAAAGAAAAUUCUAGAAAUCGUACAUGUUAUCGAGCACCGAUCGAUGUGCCUGAUCGCGAUAUGUCGCAGGAGAUUUUUUCCCGUAGGGAGACACUCACGGCCGAGACGAAUGAUCCUCGUAAUUCAAAAAGGAGUACUCGCGCUCUACGUCGAUGGCGCAUCCUAGCCAGAGCGCUGACAGGCUCGCCAGAGCCGAUCGGCAGCGAGUCUGACGAGGAGGUGUCGGUGAGGCGAUUCACCAGUUUCGGUCUGCUGAAGUGUGCGCUGCUGGAAAACAUGCUGGCGGACGGCGAGUUCAGUUGGUGCGAGUACUCGACUCAGCUGGACGGUCGGUCGUACAACGUGCAGAUACGUCGGAUAAGCAAGUGUUUCACAGCGAGCGAGCUGAUCGGCUUCAACAAUACUGGGAACGUGUGCGUGUGGCCGUCCGAGGAGUGUCUGGCCUACUAUCUGCUGAGGAAUCACGGCCUCUGCCGGAGUCGGAACGUCCUUGAACUUGGCGGUGGCAUGAGUUGUCUGGCCGGUGUACUCGCCGCCAAAUACUGCAACCCCAGCACCGUCACCCUCACGGACGGUAACGUGACCAGCGUCGACAACGUGCGCUGCAUCGUCGCCAGGAACGACAUGGCGCAUCUGGUAGAGUGCGGAGUCGUUCAGUGGGCUCAAGCCGCCAGGGCCCUUCGACAGACGAUGAUCAACGGUAACCGCGUUAAGACCCGGACGACUGACGAAAAUACUCGACUGCCGUCGGGUCUUUACAACGUGAUCCUAAGCGCCGACUGCCUCUUCUUCGACGACGCUCGUUUGGAUCUGGUGGAGACGAUCUAUGGCUGGCUCACUGACGACGGGGUCGCCUUGGUGAUGGCACCUAGACGUGGCACGACAUUCCAGAAGUUUGCCGAGGCGUCGAUCAAACGUGGCUUCAUAGCGCGCCAGACGGAACGGUACGACGACAUGGUGUGGUCGAGGCAUCUGGAGCUGCUGGAGAAUAGUCCGGAGUACUGUCCGGAUCUGCAUUAUCCGGUAUUGCUGGAACUCACCAAGCAGAAGAAGACGCCGCCCGGAUGAUCGGGCUUGAUCGACGAGGACGACGAGGACGAUCGGCCGGACGAGAGUCUCAGCGAGGAAUGAAAACAUGUCUGUGAACAUGUCCUCUCCUUUUUAAAUAUGUACACACUUUCUUUGUGUCUGCGCGCGCAAUAAAAUUAUUGCGGAAGGGAACGAAUGCAUUACUUCCGAGUGAAGAUGCGCGUUCGCUGUAAUGGGAUAUAAGGAUGUAUAAAAGCUGCCUUUAUGUGUCGUCCAGCAAUGUCAAGGUUGAUUUUUUUAUUAGUGCGUCUGAUAAAACGUUUUAGCGGUCACAUCCACUCGCGGAUCGAUCUUCCGCUCGUACGCAUCGUUCCACAUCAUCGCUGCUAUCGGAAAAGUUCAAUGAGGAAGGUAUUAUGUGCAACGUGCGAGAAUCGCUCGGCGAGCUCUCUUGAGUGCCCGGUCUUCCUUUCUCAUUAAUUAAUAACCCAUGGAUA